GGCCGACUAGCCGUUCAAUUUUAAUUCACAUAGAAUCAAUGUCUCUACAGGUGCAAGUAUUCAGGGCACCACCUAGGAAUUUGGUCGGUUCAGCGGCGCAAUAUUCCGCAUCAUCAUGGUCCACAAAACACUCCCUUGGCGGCGUUCCAGGUGAUUAUAGCCACGUGACGAUUAAGAGAGAAGAAAGACAUCAGUGCAUGGGCUGCUUCAGAGUCAAGGCCAACUUGGACGACGCCGCCGGUGCUGUUACAGCGUUGGGUCAAGUAACGGAGCUCACUAAGGAUACCUUUUGGCCGAUUGUUAAAGCCGCUGGUGAUAAGGCUGUCGUCCUCGAUAUGUACACUCAGUGGUGUGGUCCAUGCAAGGCGAUGGCUCCAAAAUUCCAACAAUUAUCAGAGAAGUAUCUUGAUGUUAUCUUCCUAAAGUUGGACUGUAACCACGAAAACAGGCCACUGGCUAAGGAGUUGGGACUUAAGGUGGUUCCUACGUUCAAAAUAUUUAAGGAUGGCAAAAUUGUCAAAGAAGUUACCGGAGCCAAAUUUCAUGAUUUAGAUGGUGCCAUAGUGAAUGCAAGAUCCAGUUAGUGUUCCUUUCUUUUGCUUUCUUGAUGUAACUUGUCGAUAAUAUUGUAACAUAUGAAUUCCUUUGGAUCAAAGUGAUUCAAGAAAAACAAGCGUAUUGUUUUGAAUCAAUGAUUAUCAAUAAAGUCAUAUAAAGUUAAACCAACA